CUCUGCUACGGAUAAGAUCGUACAGGUUCUCAAAGGGAACUGUUACGUAAACGUUGUGACACCACACUCAGGGUUUUUACUAACAAAGACAAGGGUGAGCGCUCUGUGUUAUAAUUUUGAUUGAUUACCAACCAACUUUAUUCUUUUUACACCAAACGAAUAUUACAGUAAUUGUGAGAAGUUUUGAAAUGUGUUAAUUAUUAAAUAAUGCCUACUUAAUAAUUAGAGCGUAACGUAUAGUGCUUACAGAAAAAGAGCUUUUACUUACUAGGAAAAGUUAAUCGUUAUUUGAUAAUUCUUAAGUCACGUUUAUACACAAACAAUUAAAAUCCCUUAACAUGAUGACAAAACUGCAACGAAUAUAGUGGCACACACACCCACGUAAGAUUCACCGAAACACUAACUACUACAAGCCUAAUGAAUGGGUUUUCCUUGAGAAAGGAGGAAUUUUUCCGAUUAUAGAACCAUUUGCUUAUCAAUCACCCAAUCGAUCUAAAAUGUAAAAUAGGGCUGUGUGUGUGGAGAUUUCUAACAAUUAAACAAUUAUAAAAAUGAAUCAGUGGCUAGUGUCAAUGUAUAGCAAUCUCGAAAUCAGGUUAAAAAUCGACCGUUCAAAUGAGCAAGUGAAAAGAAGAGCUAGAGACCAGUGGCCCCUAUAUUUUUCUUCGGUUUCCUAUCAGUUAUGAGUUAUAUCCAUUCUGUUAACACUUAUAAGACUUCCACACAUGAUUCAAUUGAAUCUAGGGCUAAAUAUAAAGAAUCAGAUGUGUUUCCAGCCCAUCAUCUAAUGUAACGUAUAAGUUAUCUCUUUUUAAAGAAAAUUCUGAUUGCUUAAUGCAGUUUAAGACACGACACCAUCAUGGGAGCGACUACGUUAGAAGGCUACGAAGAAAAGUCCAAACAAUUUAUGUUAAAGUUUGCCAUUCUUGGUGAUAAACAAGUGGGGAAGUCGUCCCUACUCAAUCGAUACACGAAGGACAUCUUCAAUUACACGUAUUUACAGACCCGAGGUGAGUGUACACAUUCAACUACAUGUAUUUAUAUGAACUAGGUGAGUGUACACAUUCAACUACACGUAUUUGCAGACCCGAGGUGAGUGUACACAUUCAACUACACGUAUUUGCAGACUCGGGGUGAGUGUACACAUUAACUACAUGUAUUUAUAGAAUCUAGGUGAGUGUACACAUUCAACCACAUGUAUUUAUAGAAUCUAAGUGAGUGUACACAUUCAAUUACACUUAUUUGCAGAUCUGAGGUGAAUGGAUGGCACUGAUUUUUUUUACAAUAGCCCUACCUAGUAUAACGAUGUUGCACCGUAUACUAGUAAAACGUUGUUGUAUUAUACACUAGUAUGACGAUGUUGUACUAUGCCAGGACUAACAUGUUGUAUUGUACUCCAGAAUGACUAUGAUGCAUUUUACACUGGUAUGAAAAUGUUGUUUUGUACAACAGCAUAACGAUAUUGUAUUGUAAACUAGUAUUAUGAUAUAUUAUUGUACCUUAGUACAAAGAUAUUGUAUUGUAAACGUAUAUGCUGAACGACGUGUCCCAUUGCUUUUCAACCCAGUAACAUGGAAUGCUAGACCACAUAUAUUCUAGUGGAUGAAGCAGUCGUGUAAGAAGUAAUUAUGACUAGCGCAUCUUCAAGGAAAAAUUUAGAAUGAACUAACAGAGGCAGGAUGGUCUAAGUUGAGUUCGUAGAUGAUUGCUUUUAUAAUUUAAAUCAAGAAGGCAUUGCACGGAAAAAAAACAAUUAAAUUAAAAAUCAAAAUUUUUUAAUGUACCAGUAGUGAUAAUAACGAUAAAGAUUAUUUAAAUUAUUAUAUGCACAUCCGUAUCUGUUCGUUUGUAGAUACUCUCUUUAAAAUAUGAACCUUAAGUCCGAUAAAUUUGUCCCAUUGCUUAUCCGAAUCAGCUAGUAAAUGAUUUUAAAAAAUUGGGUCCAUAACUGCAUAAAAUCCUUUCCUUCUAGAAAUCUUGUGGUUUACCUACUUUAAUUAACAAGUUUCAUUUGUUUUUAGAAGGUGUUGAGGUCACCAAGGUCAUCGACAUCGACGGAGUUAGAAUUCAACUAUCUAUCGUGUGAGUUAAAACUCAGCUUUAGUAAAAUUAGUUUUACCAAUGCUUACAGUAUUUUGUUUUAAACAAGGCGUACAAAAAAUAAGUUUUAAAAAUAAAAGAACAUGCUAAUAGCAAACGACAUAAUAAUAGGAAACGACAUUCUAGUAAAAAACGACUCACUACUAGCAAACGACGUACUAAUAGCAAACGACAUACUUAAAGCAAACAACAUACUAAAAGCAAACGACAUACUAAAAGCAAACGACAUACUAAUAGCAAACGACAUACUAAAAGCAAACGACACACUAAAAGCAAACGACAUACUAAUAGCAAACGACAAACUAAUAGCAAACGACAUACUAAAAGCAAACAACAUACUAAUAGCAAACGACAUACUAAAAGCAAACGACAUACUAAAAGCAAACGACAUACUAAAAGCAAACGACAUACUAAUAGCAAACGACAAACUAAUAGCAAACGACAAACUAAUAGCAAACGACAUACUAAAAGCAAACGACAAACUAAUAGCAAACGACAUACUAAAAGCAAACGACAAACUAAUAGCAAACGACUCACUACUAGCAAACGACGUACUAAUAGCAAACGACAUACUUAAAGCAAACAACAUACUAAAAGCAAACGACAUACUAAAAGCAAACGACAUACUAAUAGCAAACGACAUACUAAAAGCAAACGACACACUAAAAGCAAACGACAUACUAAUAGCAAACGACAAACUAAUAGCAAACGACAUACUAAAAGCAAACGACAAACUAAUAGCAAACGACUCACUACUAGCAAACGACGUACUAAUAGCAAACGACAUACUUAAAGCAAACAACAUACUAAAAGCAAACGACAUACUAAAAGCAAACGACAUACUAAUAGCAAACGACAUACUAAAAGCAAACGACACACUAAAAGCAAACGACAUACUAAUAGCAAACGGCAUACUAAAAGCAAACGACAUACUAAAAGCAAACGACAAACUAAUAGCAAACGACAUACUAAAAGCAAACGACAAACUAAUAGCAAACGACAUACUAAAAGCAAACGACAAACUAAUAGCAAACGACAUACUAAAAGCAAACGACAAACUAAUAGCAAACGACAAACUAAUAGCAAACGACAUACUAAAAGCAAACGACAAACUAAUAGCAAACGACAUACUAAAAGCAAACGACAAACUAAUAGCAAACGACAAACUAAUAGCAAAUGACAUACUAAAAGCAAACGACAUACAAAUAGCAAAUGACAUACUAAAAGCAAACGACAAACUAAUAGCAAACGACAUACUAAAAGCAAACUACAAACUAAUAGCAAACGACACACUUUUAGCAAACGACAUACUAAUAGCAAACGACAUACUAAAAGCAAACGACAAACUAAUAGCAAACGACAUACUAAUAGCAAACGACAUACUAAAAGCAAACGACAAACUAAAAGCAAACGACAUACUAAAAGCAAACGACAAACUAAUAGCAAACGACAUACUAAUAGCAAACGACAUACUAAAAGCAAACGACAUACUAAAAGCAAACGACAAACUAAUAGCAAACGACAUACUAAUAGCAAACGACAUACUAAAAGCAAACGACAUACUAAAAGCAAACGACAAACUAAUAGCAAACGACAUACUAAUAGCAAACGACAUACUAAAAGCAAACGACAUACUAAAAGCAAACGACAAACUAAUAGCAAACGACAUACUAAAAGCAAACAACAUACUAAUAGCAAACGACAUACUAAAAGCAAACGACAUACUAAAAGCAAACGACAUACUAAAAGCAAACGACAUAGUAAGAGCAAGCGAUAUGCUAAUAAAAAAGUGAAAUACUAGUAUCAAAAGACAUAUAAAUAGCAAGCGACACACUACUAGCAAACGACAUACAAAUAGCAGACGACAGACGAUUCUUUGUUUUCCAUCAAAGUUACCGUACUUGCUUGAUUGAUAAUGUUGAACUAUGUUUACGCCAUACACGUCGGCGUAAAUUCGCCCGAGUGAAACUAACAAUGCGCGGACGAUCUUAUCUGAAAGAGUCACUCGGAUAAUAGAUGAGACUGAUUUCACUGAAAUGUCUUCUCCGAAAGAUAACCAUCAACUUAAUAACACACAGAACACUUCCCGUCCUGUCUUUUUUUUUUUUUUUUUGGUUUGUCCACUUGAUAAAAUUCUAAUUUAAAAAGAAUACAGGUGAAUGCUUUUAGAAACGUUGGAGCAGCUGACUUUAGAAGUGAAUAAGGCGAGUUUUCAACGCUUCUGUUAGGAAAACAAGACAUCUUUUUUCCAGUGACGUAGCUAGGGUAAAUGCUGCCAGGGUGGGACACAUAUCCUACCACACCUUUCACUAAACAACUCUUAAUUUAUUCUAAAGUUAACCCCUUAAACCACGCUCGCCUUCCUACGCCACCGGCUCUUCCUUUUUUUUUUCGCACCAGUGGCGCCGUCUUGGCCGCUUUUGUGAAGAAUUUUGAAGAUUUUAAAAACAUCUAGAACGGUUUCAGAUUCUAAAUUUAUUUUUUUGAAUUGAUUUUACUUAUGUUUUAAAUUUCAGCGACUCAGCCGGCCAGUACAAAAUGAAUUCUGUGGUCAAGAGUCUGUACAGGGAUGUUCAUGUAAGAGUUCAUUGAUGGGUAUUCAUUUUACAUUUUAAUUUAUACCCAACUGCCCGACCUGCCUCGCCAAAAGUUGUAUCUGACUUUCUCUCGGUUCGCAUUUUGGUAAAUAAAAACUAUUAUUAGCAGAAAAAAAUGUUUCGAUUUACGUGUUUGCCCUCCCCUACCCUCCUUUUUACCAAUCUCACAGUUUGUAGAGUUUCAUCUAAAAUAUAGGACAGUUCAUUGUGGGUUCUUGUUAAAUAUUUUCAUUAAUAUUUAAAGGGAAAUAAUUGAUUUCAUGGUGGAGUAAAAUGCAUUUACGCUUUCUUUCCCUUUAAUCACGACCUAAUGUGACAUUUAUUUAACAACCUUUGUAUUUACACCAAUAAUUAUACAUUUAAAUAUAUACUUAUAAAUAUAUACAUAUAAAUAUAUACAUAUAAAUUGAAGUAUGGGCAAACGUCGUCUGAAAGCUGUACCCAUUUUUCACUGAGAGGUAGAGAGAGAAAGAGAGAGGGAUGACAAGAGUGAGGGAGAAAGAUAAGAUUUGCAAAAAGUAUGUGAUACAUAUUUAUCAUAAUAUUUUAACAUAGAGCUUUAUACCGGGUCUACGAACAUUUAAAAUAAAUUCUCUUAAAAAUCCACAGGGUAUUCUACUAGUAUAUGACGUCACUCGAAAGUCGACCUUUGAGUCUUUGCAAGAAUGGCUGGCCCAGAUUGAGAUGGUAGGUAGAUUAUGACGUAGUAGGACUUCAUUUUUUUAAUAUGGUAGUGGACCAAGUCUUUGAAAACCAGUGUCAAUUAGGUCACACAAACACAAAAUAAUAAUAAAUAUUUUUUCUAAUGUAAAGAGAGCGUUAUAAUUAUAUAAUUACAUACUUGCCUUUGGAGUAAAUUAUGUGAGCGUAAAAAAAUCCUUUGACACACAUGUUAAUUUUAACAUUGAUGAAACGUAAAAAUGAUGAAAAACGUUGGUUUUAAUCAAAUGAAUGAUAGCACUGUUAAAAAUAAAUUAACUUAAAAUCAAUUUACGAUUAGUUCAACGAUCAAUUUUUUUUUUAUAUAGAAUUAUAAUUAGCUAACUAAGCUUUGAGCUUUGAUGUCUAUGUUUGAUCUUUCUUUGAUAAGUAUAUGUUUCGGAUAGUGAUUUUCAUGUUAGAUCUUUGAUUCAUAUGUUUGAUAUCCAUGUUUAAUCUUGAUAUUGUAAGGAAACCUUGCUUACUCUCUGCUAACUUUCAUCUAUAUCUGUCAAUCACUAAGGAACAACUCAGGUGAUAACAUCUGAUGAUUAAAAUCGUGUUCUUUAUUGAGUUGACACUUCGCUUCUACUUUCUCUCAUCUCGCAACUCUGACUGCCCUCUUCCUCUACCGUCGCUGUUCUCUACCUCUCUCUGCUCUCUGUCGUUGCCUAAUCCCUCUCCAAUCUAACCGUCCCCUCUUAUAGGUCCACCAGCCAACCAAGGCGUCGCUAGAGAUUACUCCCCCUACCUUCUUAAGUCUUGAUAAUUUAUCUGCUACGCGCCAAACACCUGGACUGAACUCUGCCGUGGGUUUUGCCCCUCAUCCCUGCCCGCUGCAUUCCUCGCCUUAAUUUAUUUGGUCAGUCUUCGACUGUGGGUUUACCCCGCUCCGUUGACAUCCAUUGUGUUCCACGUCUUAAUUUAUCUGCUACCCGCCAAACACCUGGACUGAACUCUGCCGUGGGUUUUGCCCCUCACCCUGUCCACCUGGACUGAGACUGAACUCUCAUCGACUGUGGGUUUACCCCGCUCCGUUGACAUCCAUUGUGUUCCACGUCUUAAUUUAUCUGCUACCCGCCAAACACCUGGACUGAACUCUGCCGUGGGUUUUGCCCCUCACCCUGUCCACCUGGACUGAGACUGAACUCUCUACAAUACCCCCAUCUUACAAAACAAUGUCGUCCCGACAUUACACAACAUCCCCGUUAAAAUUCUUAUGACUGGUUUCUAAAUGGCUUCAAGUGACUUGGACCUUCAGCAUUCAUUUACAAACAGCUCACAGUAAUACACGUGACGUCAUUCGCUUUGGUUCUAAUGCGUCUCCUGGGGUAAACAAUCCUACGGUAGCCCUACCUUCGAAUACGACAAUUGAAUUAAACGGACACCCCUAACGCGGUCUCCUAAACAGUUGUGGUUAAGGGCAGAGUCAGUUUUUAGUCAGUCAGAGCGCCUAGUACAUUCACAACAAUCAAACAAUUAUGGUUGUACAACAACUAGAUCAAGAAUACUACAUCAUCUAGAAACUUAAUUAAUAGUACAGCAUUAAGAUAUACAUUUAAAAACUAUUAUAAACAAAAAAAAAAAAUUCAAUAAAAUGAAAAUUGUCAAGUAUCAUAUCAGAAUCGAAUAAAAAUUCAGAGCAACAGCAAUUAUUGUGGUCGGUAUACAUCCAAAACUACUUAAAGCCUUCAAUGUUAUUGUUAAUGUCAUUAGGAUUCACAAAACAUUUUAUACCUCAAAUUUAAAAACAUCAACUCGAAAUAACAAUCAUCAUGCCAUAAUUAGAGCAUUAUCUUUUUAUAACCGAUUCAACUCUGGAGUUCAUAUGUCUCUAGAUAAAAUAAAACAACAUUAGUUAACUUUAAAUCUUUUCACCCAUAUCAGAAUCAAUUAAAAUUUUCAAUUCAAGAGCAAUUUUUGUGGUCAUUAUACAUCUGAAACGAACUCAAACCCUUCAAUGUUAUGUCAUCAAAUUUCACUACGAAACUAAAUUCUAUGAAAUUGCAUCAAGCAUCAAACUCUUUACAAAAAUAUCGUCAUGAAAUAAUGACAAUUCUCCAAGCUAAUCUACAAGUAUCUCGACGAAAUUUUUAAUCACAUUAUUUCCCUUACUUGUAUGUCCAUCUAAAGACUAUCAUGCCAUAAAAUUAAUUAAAUAAAUUCAAUAUUUGGCAAAAUUGUCAAGGUCACAUGCACUUUUUCCCUGCAGAACUCUUGGAAGCCCUGAAAUUGCUCCGAUCUGGCGGGUCAGUGUCAUGUUUCAGCCUACAGUGGCGUUCAUUGUGAAUAAUUUUGAAAGUCAUCCUUCCUUCUCCCUUAAUCUCAAACAAAUUAUGACGUAGCUUUCGGCUGAUCACUAGUGGACCGCGCCACUUAUUUGUGUUCACCUUCUGGUUUCGACUCAAUUUGUGUGUUGAGUCUGAAUACUGGACAAAAUCACCCACCUUAAAAGAGCGCCUUACUGCUCGAGCGUCGGGGUCACUUUUCUGUUUCGUCAAUGGCCUAUCUCGAAUUAUCUCCCUUUUCUCACACUUGGAAUUGACCUCACCACACAACUGAACUGAUUUAUUACCCCCAUUCCUGAGAUUCGUCGCCGGCGAGGCCAUCUCAGGACGGGGUAGCACAAACACGUUGGUCUGGGCAGGAGCCCUGCUUGCAAGCUGUCUUUUGUGUGAAGUGACCGAGUUCACUCUUACACUGGCUGGUGACGGUAACUGCGUAUUUUUGACACUUGUCGAUGAACUAGAAUAAUUCUGAUCCCUUUUAGCUGGUGCUGGUAACUGCUUAAUUUUGACACUUUUUGCUGGCGUAGAAUAGUUCUUAUUCCUUUUAGAAUGUACACUCAUCAAUUUAGCCAAAACGGGCACAUUGUGACAGCCCAAACUUAGACCUUGGCUGACUGAGUAGGAAAAUUUAUAAUGAGCCAAAAAGUCAAAACCGAGGUAACCGUCCUCCAUAAUGUCUGCCACAUACACUGUCCAGGGAUACACUUUAUCUCCAAUCAAUAAUUUUACGUCACUCACCCCAUAUUGAUUCAUUGGUGCUCCAGUAGCUGUCUGCAGCUUCACAGGUGAGAGAUGAAUCUUACGUCUCUGCCGUCGAGGAAUUUCAAAAAAUCUUUUCUUUGAAAUAACGGUCACAGCCGCACCCGUGUCCAUUUGAAAUUCCGCCCUAACACCAAACACUGUAACCGGUACAAACACAGCACUAGGACGAAUGGCUCGACCAUUCGAUGAAAUGUGAUUCAAUCUUAGCCGAUCAGGAAUUUCGCCUCCUAAGCUCCUGUUUUGACAAUUACGAGCAAUGUGACCGAUUCGAUCACACUCGAAGCACCUGGGUUCCACCUGCUGAUAACCUCCCUCUUCUCGAGCUGACUCGUUAACUGCCCCUCUCUGUGAGGUGAUGAAGGCCCUAAAGUCCUCUCUAAGGCCGCUCAACUCUCUGGCCAAGUGGUCGGUAGCUACUGACGCUACUUGCUGGUUUGGUACACACACGUUGUCUCUCAGAUUUAAUAUCUGGUCCAGUGCAGAUCUUGGCUUGUCGACUGUGGCAGGCAUAGCCAUAGUGCCAACUUGUGUCACCACAGACUGAUCUGGCAGCCCACGUAGGAACUGCUUAAAUCCAAUGGCAUCUCGUGUGGCCUGGUCUGCCAUUGGAAAGCUUUUCGCUACCAGUUUCUUGAUGUCGGUAGCGUACUCAGCACUGGUUUCUGUUCUUAGGAACGUACGUUUCUCCAACAGAUUCUGGAAGCAAGCUGGUGUUCUAUGAUCCUGGAACCGAUUGGAGAGGGCAUCUUUAAGUUUCUCGUACGUCUCUCGCUCUUCUUCACUUAAUUCACUGUAAGCGAAUUCAGCCGCCGAAUCCUUCAAAACAAACCCCAAAUAAAGGAGUUUCUCUUCCUCGCUCCACUUGACGAUUUUUGCAGCUGUUUCAAACUGCACGAUAAAAGUGUGCCAUGUAGAGGUUCCACUGUACGUUGGGAUGUUGUUUAAACACUGGGAAGUCAUUGUGCUUGCAAUAGAUUUUCCACACCUUGCCUUGCACUUCUCAUCUCAGUCCGGCUACCCAAAAAUAUUGUCUCUUCAGAGUCGUUGCAAGGUUAACAUCCCACCGCUGCCACCAUUGUAAGGAAACCUUGCUUACUCUCUGCUAACUUUCAUCUAUAUCUGGCAAUCACUAAGGAAACAACUCAGGUGAUAACAUCUGAUGAUUAAAAUCGUGUUCUUUAUUGAGUUGACACUUCGCUUCUACUUUCUCUCAUCUCGCAACUCUGACUGCCCUCUUCCUCUACCGUCGCUGUUCUCUACCUCUCUCUGCUCUCUGUCGUUGCCUAAUCCCUCUCCAAUCUAACCGUCCCCUCUUAUAGGUCCACCAGCCAACCAAGGCGUCGCUAGAGAUUACUCCCCCUACCUUCUUAAGUCUUGAUAAUUUAUCUGCUACGCGCCAAACACCUGGACUGAACUCUGCCGUGGGUUUUGCCCCUCAUCCCUGCCCGCUGCAUUCCUCGCCUUAAUUUAUUUGGUCAGUCUUCGACUGUGGGUUUACCCCGCUCCGUUGACAUCCAUUGUGUUCCACAUCUUAAUUUAUCUGCUACCCGCCAAACACCUCGACUGAACUCUGCCGUGGGUUUUGCCCCUCACCCUGUCCACCUGGACUGAGACUGAACUCUCUAUCUUAUACAUGUUUACUUUCAUAUCUAUGUUUGAUCUUUUAUGUCAGUCUUUGAUUUUUUGACAACUGUGUUUGAUCUUUAAUGUCUAUGUUUUAUUCACUCAUGUUCUCCUUUUUAUUGCCUCGAAAAGGUUAACUCAUAUGACCCGUUUGUCGUGAUCGUUGGAAAUAAAUGCGACAUAGAGAGCCACAGGAAAGUCCCAUUGGACUACGCCGAGUCGGUAAGUUGAAUUCUAAAUCCUUCAUAACUCUAAAAUAAAUGUAUUGUUUUUCUUGCGAAAUUUAAUGCCUUUGCUUGUAGUUCAGUUCAAUCGCAAGGACACUUUAAUUUUGGAAUGAGUAGAUUAUAACACCCUAAUUUUAAAAAAAAAUAUAUAAAACUUACAUUCCUUUUAAAUAAACUAUUCCACUUUCACAUCACACUUCUCCUGCAACCACUAACAAAAAAAAUUUAAAAAAACAACAAAACAAAACGUACCGGACACCGCCCCAAAAAACACAAAAACACACAGACCCACAACACCAUGAACAAUUAUGUUAUACACUAGUCUUUACUGUUUCUCAGUUUGCAGAGUCCAAAAAUCUCUGCUUGAUGGAAUCGAGUGCUCAAACAGGGCAAGGCGUCAAAGAGGCUUUCCACCAACUGAUUCUCGGAAUGUGCCAGAAGAAAAUUAGG